UAGUACAAUAGACAAGAAAGAAGCAUAAGUUUUUCUCUUUAUUUCUUCUAAAACAAUAAUGGCUACUGCACCAACAGUCAAGAGAUCAGAGUCGAUUGCUGAUAGCAUGCCGGACGCUCUGAGGCAGAGCCGGUAUCACAUGAAAAGGUGCUUUGCUAAGUACAUUGAAAAAGGAAAGAGGGUGAUGAAACUUCAUCAUUUAAUGGAUGAAAUGGAGAGAGUCAUAGAUGACAAGGUUGAAAGAACUCGUGUCUUGGAAGGUGUUUUGGGCUACAUACUGUGCUCAACUCAGGAAGCAGUGGUCAUACCUCCUUAUGUUUCUUUUGCCAUAAGACCAAAUCCUGGUUUCUGGGAAUUUGUUAGGGUCAGCUCUGAGGAUCUCUCAGUUGAGGCCAUUACUACCACUGACUACUUAAAGUUCAAAGAGAUGCUACAUGAUGAGAAAUGGGCCAAUGAUGAAAAUGCACUGGAAGUUGAUUUUGGAGCUGUUAACUUCUCUGUUCCUAACUUAACACUUCCUUCCUCAAUUGGAAAUGGACUUGGUUUUAUUUCCAAGUUCAUAACUUCAAAACUAAGUGGGAAGUUGGACUAUGCGCAGCCUCUUGUGGAUUACUUACUGUCACUAAAUCAUCAAGGAGAGACUUUUAUGCUAAAUGAAACUCUGAACACUCCUGCAAAACUUCAGACCGCGCUGAUUAUAGCCGAUGUUUCCCUCUCAGUACUGCCAAAGACCACACCAUACCAAAAUUUUGAAGCAAGGUUCAAGGAGUGGGGCUUUGAGAAGGGUUGGGGGGAUACAGCAGAGAGUGUAAAAGAGACAAUGAGAACACUUUCAGAGGUACUACAAGCACCAGACCCGGUCAACAUGGAGAAGUUCUUUGGAAAGGUUCCAACAAUCUUCAAUGUUGUGAUUUUCUCUCCUCAUGGGUACUUUGGCCAAGCUGAUGUUCUUGGGUUGCCAGACACUGGAGGACAGGUAGUCUACAUUCUGGAUCAAGUUAGAGCACUUGAGGAAGAACUGGUUCUCAGAAUCAAGCAGCAAGGACUUAGUGUUAAGCCACAAAUCCUUGUGGUGACACGACUCAUACCUGAUGCAAAGGGAACUAAGUGCAACCAGGAGUGGGAAGAAAUCAUAGGCACCAAGUACUCUCACAUCCUUAGAGUGCCAUUUAGGACUGGAAAGGGUGUCCUUAACCAAUGGGUUUCCCGAUUUGAGGUGUAUCCAUAUCUUGAGAGAUUUGCCCAGGAUGCGACGGCCAAGAUCCUUGAACACUUCGAGGCGAAACCAGAUCUUGUCAUUGGAAACUAUACUGAUGGGAAUUUGGUUUCAUCCAUUGUGGCUAACAAACUUGGGAUAGCUCAGGGAACUAUUGCACAUGCUUUAGAGAAGACCAAAUAUGAAGAUUCAGACCUCAAAUGGAAGGAAUUAGAUCCCAAGUACCACUUCUCUUGCCAGUUUCUAGCUGAUACAAUUUCGAUGAAUGCAGCUGAUUUCAUCAUAGCAAGCACAUUUCAGGAAAUUGCAGGAAGCAAGGACAGACCUGGACAAUAUGAAAGUCACACUGCUUUUACACUCCCGGGGCUCUGCAGAGUUGUUUCAGGCAUCAAUGUAUUCGAUCCGAAGUUCAACAUUGCUGCACCAGGCGCUGACCAAUCUGUCUAUUUCCCAUAUACAGAGAAACAAAUACGAUUUACUUCAUUUCAACCUGCUAUUGAAGAGCUACUUUUCACCAGAGAGGACAACAAUGAACACAUUGGAUAUUUAGCAGACAAGAAGAAGCCUAUCAUUUUCUCAAUGGCUAGAUUUGACACUGUGAAGAACAUAACUGGAUUGACUGAGUGGUAUGGGAAAAACACAAGGCUGAGAAAUCUGGUCAACCUUGUCAUAGUUGGAGGCUUCUUUGACCCUACAAAAUCAAAAGACAGAGAAGAAAUGGCUGAGAUAAGGAAGAUGCAUUCGCUGAUAGAAAAGUAUCAACUCAAGGGUCAGAUCAGAUGGAUAGCAGCACAAACUGAUAGGAACAGGAAUGGUGAACUCUACAGAUGCAUUGCAGACACAAAAGGUGCUUUUGUGCAGCCUGCAUUGUAUGAAGCAUUUGGCCUCACUGUCAUUGAAGCAAUGAACUGUGGACUGCCUACUUUCGCCACUAAUCAAGGAGGACCAGCUGAGAUCAUCGUCGAUGGAGUCUCUGGCUUCCACAUUGAUCCAAACAAUGGUGAUGAGGCAAGCAACAAGAUUGCUGAUUUCUUCGAGAUGUGCAAGCAGGAUGCCACAUAUUGGAACAAGUUCUCCAUUGCUGGUUUGCAGCGUAUUAAUGAAUGCUACACUUGGAAGAUAUAUGCAAACAAGGUGUUGAACAUGGGAUGCGUUUACAAUUUCUGGAGGCAGUUGAAUAAAGAGCAGAAACAAGCAAAGCAAAGAUACCUCCAAUUGUUUUAUAGCCUUCUAUUCAGAAAACUGGUGAAUAAUGUACCUAUCCCAACUGGAGAGCCUGAGCAGCCUGCUCCAAAGCCACCUGCCAAGCCUAUACAGCCCGCACCAAGCACAAGACGCUCACCGUCAGGAUUGAAAAGGUUGUUUCGAGGUUAACAUAAAGAAUAAUCAAAGCAAAAACAUCGCAUCAUAGCUCUUCACCUAUAUGUAUGCGUGUUUAUUUGAGUCCAAUGUUUGCUACUUCUCAUAUCUUCUUGGAGCCUUUUCUUAAAAUAAGGUAUUAAUAAGAGUGAAGGCUUUUCUUUGUAAUAAGAUAUUCAUCAGCUUACAAUCGCUCGGUGGAUUUUCUGCAAAUUGUAUCCAAGGGAUUUUUAUACAUCAUCAAUUACAUGUAAUAUUUUCGAAUUUAUAUGUGUAUGUUUAUCAUUAAUUCACAAAAGAAUAAUAUGGCAACAAAAAUACCAAUCCAUUUUGGAUUUU